AACAAGAUGGCAUUUGCGAUCGAUGUCGCGAUGUGGCUUUAGUAUGCACCAUCAUACCUCGCAGCCAACGGAUCCCGCCUUGGCCCCAAAACACUGUGAAGGACUCGGCCAACAGCAUUCCCAAGUGCGACCACUGCCGCGUGCAGCGCCAAAAGUGUGUCCCCGAUGAUCGGGUAUGGCCCGCGAGAUGUGAGAGGUGCAUCCAGAGAAGACUUGCAUGUGGUCCACCCCACACGGCGAGGGAGUACAGGGAGCUGUACCAUGAUGAUCAGUCCGCCGGCAGAGCAUCAAAAAGACAGUCAGCUCCUGAGAACGUGCAGCAAGAGCAACACACCCAGCACUCUCUAAUGCCCAUGUACAACUCGAAGUCUGAGUCUUCAAAUUCAGACAGCAGUUCAGAUUCAGAAGCGGAGAACCCAGCUGUCUUACCGGCAACCAUAAGCCCUGCAGUUGUAAACCCCCCAGUCACCAACCAUUCAGCCGCCCAUACUUCCGGACCCAGCCAUACAGGUCGCAGUCCCCCAAUCGCCAACUCAGCAGCCACUAGCCACCCGAAGAGAAAGAGGCUAUCCACCCAUGGUCACUUUGAUGCUCCCGAGGAAGUGUGGAGUCUCCGGACCAGAAACACCGAGCUGGAGAACACGAUUCGCGGAAUGGAGGACGAAUUCCAGGGUAUACUCGACGAAGAACGCAAAAUGCACCGAGCAGAGCUCGAUGACCAGCGCAAGAAGCACGAACAGGAGCUCAAGGCCGUCCGAGAACGGUACGAAAAGAGGCAAGAUGACCUCAUUCAGACCAUAGUAAAACUCUCGAGCGUUAAGUAAAGAUAUGGAUGCGUUGCUUCCCAUUUGACGGGGUAAUCGAUACGGCUGGACUAUGGUAGGCGAAACAGGCGUUUAAUAUAUCGCUGAA